AUGCUAUUGGCUAUAAAAGUUAUAAUCAAUGAUACAGCAGCUAUUGUCUAUCCUGGCCUUUCCCUUCUCAUUGACAGUGAUUUGGAAACAGCUUGUGUGAGCCCUGCUCAGGAAGAGCCUGUUACUACCUCUGUCACUACCCCUGACUCCAGUGAUAUAGAUGGUGAUUGUGGCCGUGGUGGCCGUGGUAGCCAUGGUAGCCGUAGUGGUUGUGCUCGCCAUGGUGGUCGUGGUGGUCAUGGUAGUCGUGGUGGCAGUGUUGUUGACCGAGAUGAGACCAGUACUCAAACACAAGUUCCCAGCCGAGUCAACAUUUCUUGGGACCACCAGUCAGCUGUCAUCUUGUUGAAUGAAGUCAUGAAGUCCAACUACAUGAGCUUGGUCGACAUGCCUAACACACAGUUAAGAGGUGUUGGAGGAGGUACAGGUGAAGAGAGAUGGCCAUACUAUAAUCAUGUUUUCGAAAUCUUGCGUGAUGAUCCAUCCGAAAAUUCUGGCAUCAACAUUGAAUCCAUGAUUCGUAAUCAGCGCCAUGGAGUUACAAUUUUGAUGACAUCUAGGGCUGAAGCUUCUAUAGCCAAACUGCAGAGAAACAUUGAGGUUGCUGCUUCUGCUUCUGCUGUCGCAUCUGUUGAACCUUCUCUUCUCAAUACUUUUGACACGAAUAUUGCAACAGCCACAUCAAACAGCAGAAAUAGUGCUGGUCCUUCUAGUAGGCUACCCACCAGGGGUACAAGACGAACAAGAGAAGAAUAUGAGGCAGAAAGAGAUGACAUGCUCUUUGAAAGACUUCUGAGCAUGCACCGUGAGAGUGAAGAACACACAAAGGAAGUCUUGCAUUCUCUCGCUGCUUCAAUGAGAGAGGAGAGCAAAGCCCUUCGACGAGACCAACAGCAACAGCACCAACAGACGUUGGAAAUGUUAGAAAGGAUUGCGAGAGAGUCAGAUGACCGCCUGUUAAGUGUUAUUGGGUCUUUCUUUAACACUAGAAAUAGAAACGGUGAAAAUAACAAUAAUGAUAACAAUAGCUAG